GGUCCAAUUGAAUAGUUUAUUUAGUAGGAGUGAACACAGAGGAGAAGAACGAGCCAGCCAGAGGGUGGCAGUGGUAGAAGUAUCAGAGUGAGCUCCCCCUAAACAACGCGCACAUAUCUGUACUGCAAGAGAUGUAACUUUUUGAGGAUAUAAUCAGUCACGGGGGUAAAGAGAAGGGGACUGUUGUGCAUUCCGUCUGUACCUGAAUUGCUGGAGGCACUGUGUUUAAUGUUAACGGACGUCUGGAGUUUGAUGUGCAAGGAACCAGCGAGGAUGAAGCGUCUUCCUCGAACCAUUGCAUUCAACUGAGUGGGUGUCCGAGGAGGCAGUCGACCCACCCAUCCUUCCUAAAUGUUUGAAUGAAGCAUCUUUAUAUUUCCGAACGGGUCCAUAUCAGAGGAAUAUAUUUCAUACUACAUUCUGGGGAGAAAAUGUUACGCUUGGUUCUAACAGUUGUUCGAAAUAAACCUGGAUAACACGAGGAAUACAGCAACAGAGCUGCCUGCUUCACCUUUGGAUUCCCUUGAACGUUUGGAGUGUGCAUGUACUCUUUGAAGCAUCUCGGGGUUGCUGAGCCCAUGCGAGAGUGCGAGUAUAGUCAGAUUAGCACUCGCAGCUCCACACCGAUGGAGUCCCCGCACAAGAGGAAGAGCCUGAAGAAGAAGUGGCAAGCCUUCCAAGGAAGGAAUAAGUUUUACUGCGACGGGAGGAUUAUGAUGGCGAGACAGACGGGCGUCUUCUACCUCACCCUGGUCCUCAUCGUUGUCACAAGUGGACUCUUCUUUGUUUUCGACUGCCCGUUCCUGUCGUCCCACCUCACUCCGGCCAUCCCUGUGAUGGGCGGCGUGCUCUUCGGCUUUGUGAUGGGCACGUUACUAAGGACCAGCUUCAGCGACCCAGGAGUCCUGCCCAGAGCCACGCCAGACGAGGCUGCCGACCUGGAGCGCCAGAUAGACGUGGCCAACGGGUCAGGCACCACUGGCUACAGGCCGCCCCCCAGAACCAGGGAAGUGGUCAUCAAUGGCCAGACGGUCAAGCUCAAGUACUGCUUCACCUGUAAGAUCUUCAGGCCUCCUCGAGCGUCCCACUGCAGCCUGUGUGACAACUGUGUGGAGCGCUUCGACCACCACUGUCCGUGGGUGGGCAACUGUGUGGGGAGGAGAAACUACCGCUUCUUCUACAUGUUCAUCCUCUCGCUCUCCUUCCUCACCCUUUUCAUCUUCUCCUUUGUCAUCACCCAUGUCAUCCUCCGGUCUCAUAGCAUUGGGUUUCUCAGCGCACUCAAGGACAGUCCAGCCAGUGUGCUAGAGGUGGUCGUUUGCUUCUUCUCGGUCUGGUCCAUAGUGGGGCUUUCCGGUUUCCACACCUACUUAAUUGGCUCCAAUCAGACCACCAACGAAGACAUAAAAGGUUCCUGGUCCUCUAAACGAGGGAAGGACAACUAUAACCCCUACAGCCACGGCAACCUCUUCACCAACUGCUGUGCUGCCCUGUGUGGGCCCCUGCCACCCAGUCUCAUCGACAGAAGAGGCUACGUCCUUCCUAACACGCCCCUUCCUGCUCCCCCCACCAAUGGAAUCACCAUGUAUGGUGCCACUCAGUCCCAGAGUCACAUGUGUGACCAAGACCAGUGCAUUCAGAGCACCAAAUUCGUUUUGCAGGCUGCCGCCACGCCACUGCUCCAGAGCGCCGAGCCGCGGCUGGUGACGGAGGAGCUGCCGCUGCCGGGCCGCACCUCGCUGGGGGGGCCGUGUCCCUCGCUGCUGCUGGGCCAGCCCACGCCGCCCACAUCCACGCCCAGCCUGAGCUGUGACGGCGAGAUCAUCCCCCCGCACCCGUCACAUCCUCCGGAGCCGCCGCACCUCCACCCGCACGCGCCGCACCACCACCACGCGCCGCACCCCCACCACCACUUCCUCACGCCCGAGGAGGCGCCCUCGCCGCCGGGAAUGCUGCCGUGCGGGAGCCCCCUGUCUCACAGCCACACUGUGCCCUUCUACCACCCGGCCAGCCAGGACUCGCUGCACGAGGACUCGGUCAGGGGCCUGGUCAAGCUCAGCUCUGUCUGACAACCCCACCCCACCAGGAGACUGCUGUCCAUCAGACAGAUGAACUACGCCCACAGCCAUAUCAGUAACGGGGACAGGGAAAGGGCAAAUUCUUUCUUCCAAUCGCCUCAACAUGCAAAUGCCUGCUACCCCUCCAUGACUGACACUAUGCCUUUCCCACUUACACACACACACACACACACUUUUGGUGAUUCUGAAAUUAUCAGAGUCCCACCCAGCCUGCGUCUUGCCAACACAUACACACACUCACCCCUCAGCUGGCGUUGAGAAGUCCUAGAGAUCCACCGAUCUCUCAUCAUGGCCUGAUAAUCCACUGCCCCCGACCCUGGAAGGCCCCAAUCUAGCGCCCCCUAGAGGCUGAGCAGAGGCUGCAGGAAUGAGGGCUGCAACCAUACCUAUGGUGCCAUUCAGGGAAGAGGUAAAGUAGUAGUUCCUCCUGAACAAGUUAAAGACACGAAGGAAAAAAAAAAAAAGCUGCUUUGUUGUUCUCAUUAUUAUUAUUUUUCUGUCUCUUUAUGGUGCGGCGUUGAGUCUGGUGUCCUCCUUUUGUAAAUCAGACACGGUCCAGCUCGCGGCUCAGCUCCUCAUGGACUCCUGCAUUUGCCUUUCUAAUCGGAGAUUUUUGUCCACAGGGCAGUUGGCGACACGAGUCGCUGUCAUCAUGUCACAUAUCACUCGAUUUAUUAUUUUAUUUUUUGUAUGUUUCAAAACAAGACAAGUGUUGUGUCGUGCCAUACUGACUACUUUGUUUUUUUUUGUUUUUUCUCAUGUUAUAUUUCCUGUGGAUAUGAAUAAAAGCCCUGCAUUUUAAUGGCA